AUGACAGUUCCAGGAGACAGGGAAAUCCACUCCUCAGAAUUUGAGGAGCAAGAGAUAAGACAGAUGUCCCAGUGUUACCCAGACUUUGUACUGGCUGAUGGCAGUAUGGUGGCUCCUCUGUGCCAAAAAGGGUAUUUUCCUUGUGGGAAUCUCACCAAGUGCUUGCCCCGAGCCUUCCACUGUGAUGGCGUGGAUGACUGUGAGAAUGGUGCCGAUGAGGACAACUGUGGUGACACUAGUGGAUGGGCGACCAUAUUUGGCACAGUCCAUGGAAAUGUCAAUAAAGUGACAUUAACACAGGAGUGCUUUCUCAGCCAGUAUCCACAGCACUGUUAUUGUAUUGAAAAUGAACUGGAAUGCAUAAAAGCUGACUUAAAAGCUGUGCCAAAGGUUUCUAGCAAUGUGACAUUACUAUCUCUUAAGAAAAACAAAAUUCACAGACUUCCAGUCAAAGUUUUCAGCAAAUACACAGAACUUGAAAAGAUAUACCUCCAGCACAAUUGUAUCACACACAUAUCCAGGAAAGCGUUUUUUGGAUUAUACAAUCUACAGAUACUAUAUCUUAGCCAUAACUGCAUUACAGCUCUCAGGCCUGGAACAUUCAAAGACUUGCAUCGCCUCACUUGGCUAAUUUUAGAUGACAAUCCAAUCACCAGCAUCUCACCGAGGUCCUUUACUGGAUUAAACUCCUUGUUCUUCUUGUCCAUGGUGAGUAACCAACUAGAGGUCCUUCCUGAACGUCUGUGUGCCCAGAUGCCUCGCCUCAACUGGAUGGAUCUGGCAAACAAUGAAAUAAAGUACCUAACGAACUCCACCUUCCUUACGUGCGACUCGCUCACUGUGCUGUUUCUGCCUAGAAAUCAAAUUGGCUUUGUUCCAGAGAAGACAUUUUCUUCAUUAAAAAAUUUAGGAGAACUGGACCUGUCUAGCAAUAUGAUAACCAAACUACCAGCCCGCAUUUUCAGCGACCUGCAUCUUCUCCAAAAACUGAACCUGUCGUCCAACCCUCUUCUGUAUGUCCACAAGAACCAGUUUGGAAGUCUCAAACAACUUCAGUCUCUAGACCUGGAAAGGAUAGAGAUUCCAAACAUAAACACAGGCAUGUUCCAGCCCAUGAAGAACCUUUCUCACAUUUAUCUGAAAUCCUUUCGGUACUGCUCCUAUGUUCCCCAUGUCCGAAUCUGUAUGCCCUCGACUGAUGGUAUUUCUUCAUCUGAGGACCUCUUGGCUAACAGUAUCCUCAGAGUGUCUGUCUGGGUUAUAGCUUUCAUUACCAGCGUUGGGAAUUUCCUUGUCAUUGCUGUGAGAUCUCUUAUUAAGGCUGAGAAUACUACUCACACUGAGUCCAUCAAAAUCCUUUGUUGUGCCGACUGCCUGAUGGGGGUGUACCUGUUCUUCGUGGGCAUUUUUGACAUCAAGUACCGAGGACAGUAUCAGAAGUACGCGCUGCUGUGGAUGGAGAGUGUGCCCUGCCGCCUCCUGGGCUUCCUGGCCACGCUGUCCACGGAGGUCUCCGUGCUGCUGCUGACAUUCCUGACCCUGGAGAAGUUCCUGGUCAUCGUAUUCCCUUUCAGCAAUCUGCACCUGGGCAAGCGCCAGACUGCCGUGGUGCUCGCCGGCAUCUGGGGGGUAGGGUUCCUCAUAGCAGCCGUUCCCUUCACCAGUGAGGAUUAUUUUGGCAACUUUUAUGGGAAAAAUGGAGUCUGCUUCCCUCUUCAUUACGACCAAGCGGAAGAUUUUGGAAGUAGAGGGUACUCCCUUGGGAUCUUCCUAGGUGUGAACUUGCUGGCUUUCCUUAUUAUCGUGUUCUCCUAUGUGGCCAUGUUCUGCUCCAUUCAGAAAACAGCCCUUCAGACUGCAGAAGUGAGGAACCACAUUGGGAAGGAGGUGGCUGUUGCAAACCGGUUCUUCUUUAUUGUGUUCUCAGAUGCCAUCUGCUGGAUCCCUGUGUUUGUUGUUAAAAUCCUGUCUCUCUUUCAAGUGGAGGUGCCAGGUACAAUCACUUCCUGGAUAGUGGUUUUUUUCCUUCCGGUAAACAGCGCCUUGAACCCCAUUCUCUACACUCUCACCACCUCCUUUUUUAAGGACAAGUUGAAACAGUUGCUGCACAAGCAUCGCAGGAAAUCGAUUUUCAAAGUCAAAAAGAAAAGCUUAUCCACCUCCAUUGUGUGGACCGAUGACUCCUCACUUAAACUUGGAGUUUUGAACAGAAUAGCCCUCGGGGACAAUAUAAUGAAGCCAGUUUCCCCAUAG